AUGCAGAAGUUCUGGUAUAUCGCACACUUGACGCGGAAGGGUCUCGUGUGGGGCUCGGGGCUUUCCAUGGUUUCCUUCUGUUGUCUCACUAUUGCAGUGCAUGCGGAUGAUGAUUUUCAGGAGAGGAUGGAAGACAACUAUCCUGGCGUCUUGAACCUCUGCCUUGCCUUUGGUUCGCAGUUUCAAAGAUUUCUGACGGAUGACGAUGACGAUGACGAUGACGAUGAUGAGGGGGAUGCUGAUUCUGCCGGUGCUGGUGAUAGCAAAGAUGAUGAUGAUGAUGAUGAUGACGACGACGACGACGACGAUGAUGAUGAUGAUGAUGAUGACGACGACGACGAUGACGACGACGACGAUGAAGACGAAGACAGACAUACUUAA